AUGGCGAGAAAGAGGUUCAGAAAGUCGAAGAAGCAGGGCACGUCGACGCGGCGAGACGGCCCUGUCUGGUCCAACUCACACCGGCUCGAACUCUUAGCAUUCUUGAACUGGUGCGUCCAGCAAAACAAGGGUCCUGAUUUCUACACCUUGGUCGCCGACCAUCUCAAGCGGGCCACUAAGAAAAGCUUCACUAAAGUCCAGAUUCGAAAGAAGUUGAAUCAUGAGUGGCAUAAGCACGGAAUGUGCGACCAAUUCAUCGAACUAUACACUUUAGGCACUGCCGGGCUUAGGGAUCUGAGCGCUGAAGACCAGCGCGAGCUUAACCUGAUUUCGCUGAGGCUCGAGAGGGAACGUCCCAAGGCAAGGCGAUUUCUUCGUAGCUCGUCGCUGGCUCCAGCUAUACAGUCGCGCUCUAGGCCAACCCCUACGCGUCGAUUUCGGGCGCACAGAGCGCCAUCUCCUCCACCUUCUCGUGCACAGACGCAAGUAGCCAACAGCCCAAAAUAUCGGACUGGAUCACAGACCCGAUAUUUCUCACAGCGCAAAGACCUGGAUGAUAACCUCAUACAAAGUGGGUUUCCAGAAGCCGACAGCGCGGAUGUCACUGGCGGUGAUGUCGGCCAACUAUCCUCGCCUCCAUCUAUCGACUCAGAGCCUAACGACAUCGGUACCAUUCUUGCGUCUGAACCACCGCCGAGACCAUCCAUUGAAGCGAAACUACGGAUGGGAUUGCUCAAGGCAAAAGGGCGUGAACUCACAAUGAUGAACCAAAUAUCUGAGCUCGAACGAGAACGCUAUGAUCGAGACCAAAAUAAAAGGCCCGGGCCUCUAGAUCCGAACGCCGUGAGGGGCGUGAUAUCCCGACUACAGAAACAAGUCAAUGCGCUGCAGCGUCUCGAUGAUGACCUUGAGCUACUGGAGUCUGAGCGGUUUGAAUUUAUGGGAUCAUCACUGGGCAGCGAGUGUCGGCGCCUUUAUCAAGAUAUCCACACCAGUAUCUCCUCAUCUAUGUGCAACCUGAGCCCAGAUGAUAAAGGGUGA